AUGCAACUUCUUCUAUUCUCUACCAUCAUUUUUUGCUCCGUCCACGGCCUUCUUGGUGUCGGACGUCUUCAGAGUGUCGCCGUUAGUGGACGACUCAUUUGUGAUGGACGGCCGGCUGCUGGUGUGAAGGUCAAGAUGUAUGAGAAAGAAUUUUUCCUCGAUCGAAAAAUGGCCGAAGUCUACACGGAUAUGAACGGAAUGUUUGUGAUCUCGGGAAGAAAGCGGGAAAUCUCGACAAUCGACCCAAAAGUGAACUUGUAUCACAAGUGUAACUACGGUGGAUUGUGCUAUAAGAAAAUUGGGAUCACGAUUCCGGACGACUACAUCACUUGGGGAUACACACCGGAGAGAACUUACGAUAUUGGGACACUCAAUUUGGCGAAUAAGUACACUGGAACUACUACUGAUUGCUUGAAUUGA